AUGAGCCCAGGCUACGGCUCUAAUGGACAGAGAGGAAAGAUCCACCUCUCCUCAAACCCAGACGCUCUUACCGACCAGUUCAUCAGAAGCGUGUCAAUUCCUACCACCACCCAGGCUACAGUUCGUACUAUUACGGACUCAAUCGACUCCAAUGGCCGUGAUAGGUAUAGAUUCACAGCAGAGUGGGAGGGUUGCAAAUUUUGGAUUUUCACCCUCAUCUCUGAUUUGGAGGCUGCUGGUUUUGUAGCUUCGGGAAGCGCGAAUGCUGUCUGGGGCGAGGUCUCUCAAUACUGGCGUAACCCUGCUGGCUCUGAACCCAGAGAGGUCAGCCGCGGGGUAUUCUACUAG